AUGAAUCAACCCGCUCCGGACCAAAAGUCAACUGUCGCCCCUGAAGUAAAUGAUUCUGUCAACGAGAAAGCUCCAAGUAAUCCACCGCAACAUUCGGCAUCUGCAGGAGAUAUCACCAAUCAGUUCCCUUGGAGAUUACAUCAGAUGUUGGACACAGUGGAAAAGGAAGGGAAUGCGUCCAUCAUUUCGUGGCUUCCAGGGCACCCCCAGGAUACAUUCAAGGUCCACGAUAAAGACAUCUUCACAGAGCAGGUAAUGCCGCGCUUCUUUAAUCAGACCAAGUUCAAAUCGUUUUUGCGACAACUGAACCUAUGGGGGUUUGAACGAAUACUCAAAUCAGGUGACAGGUAUGGUGGCUACCGCCACUCAUUAUUCAUUAAGAAUCGGCCUGACCUGUGUAUUCACAUGAAACGAGUAAAAAUAAAGUCGGGGUACUCACAACAGCAGCUGGCGAAAAUGGUACAACAUGAUGCAGCAUUGUAUCCCAGCGAUCAUCAGAAGCAUGAUGAUGCCGGAGGACAGUGGCAGCAUGAUCGAGCCCGGAGCAGAACCAAUGAUACUCACGACGAAACGUCCUUCGAUACCAUUGAAUAUGAAAAGAUACCAGAUAAUAUUCCUGUUGCCGCGGACCUAUCCCGCAUGUAUGCAGAAGAGAUGAAGGAGAAGUUUCUUUCUCCUGCGACAUCAGCUGAAGACCGUCAUCGUCGCCAUUCCCAAUUUACUACCCGAAAGGACUACCAAAUUUAA